AUGGCCACGCCUGUCGCCGGUUACAAACCCUCUCCACUGGGAUAUGGGUCUCCACGCAGCUCUCCAUUCCGUCGCCCCGAAUCGCCCGCCUCACCUUCCAGCCCAUCUUUGAGACAGACAACACCAUCAGCAUCACCCACGAAAACACCCUAUCGCACCAGCCGGUCAAGCUUCGCUGAGCCGCCGACGACGCCCACCCGCACUGCCGACAGUUGGACGCCAAGAGCACUUCCUCAGACUCCACCGCGCGUCGACAUGCAGGCAUCGCCAAAGGUCGCCACCCGGUCAUCGCCUGUCAAAACGACCAUGAACGGCAACGCCCUGUCCCAACUGCAGCCAAGCCAGGUGCGAACGCUGCGCGAGGGCUUUGAGAUCUUGGACCGGGACAGUGAUGGCGUUGUCAACAGGGAGGAUGUGGCUGAUAUGCUGACACAGCUGGGACUACCCGCGAACGCCUCCGACGUUUCCAAGUUCUUUCCUCCAUCAGCUCCACAGACGAUGACGAUGGCCGUCUUUCUGAAUACACUAGCCGCGAUGCUGGCAACGCUCUCACCCCAGGCAGAGCUGCUGUCGGCCUUUUCGGCGUUUGACGAUGAUGAUAGCGGUCAGAUAGAUCUGGCCGAGCUCCGCGACGCUCUCCUCAACACGGCGCCCGAGCCGGGCGAGCGUGCGCUGACACCGGCAGAGGUCGAUCAGGUCAUGCAAGGGUUCACCGGGCGAAGGGCAUUCAGCCGCAACAUGCAAGGCGGACUGGGCAAGCGUGGUGAGGUUUUCCGGUACCAGGAAUUCGUCAACUCGGUCAUGGGCUCCAAUAACGCUACUUCAGAGGCGGCUUCGGCAGAGACGUCUGAGAACUGA